AUGAAGGCUUCUGGCAUUGACAAGCCAAUGGGCGCUGUUAUGACGUACUGUACAACAAAAUUGCCUUGCUCACCCUUCAAGACUACUCCAAAGAUAAAGAGUACCGGGUACCAAGAUUUGCUGACACAAAGAACCAAGCAAGAACUCAGUACAGGAAUAUUAAUAUCUCCAACGAUUAACCUCCUGCCUUCUGGCACAGCCGAACAUAGCCACCAGAUGGAGAAAAAGCUCUACAACAUCAACAAAGGGGAUGAUGGCAAUUUUGCGACAAUCUCUGCUGUGUACAAGAGGAAGAAGAAGGGGAGUGCUGCAACUUUCACUGGCAGGAGCUAG